CUUUUUUCUAUGAUUUCCGAUUUCACUUUCUAACGAAUAUCUUGUUCUUCUAUGUAAGCCAAAGAGUUAAAAUCAAAGUUUAUAAUACAAAAGAAUAUUGGGUAUGGUGAUUAUGGGUAAAUUGAUGAUUUUAAUGUUAGAACUGUAUAUCGAGGUGUCAAUAUGCACACCAGAGAGACAGUUGCCAUCAAAGAAUUAUCUCAUGGUUUAAAUGAUUAAGGGGUUUGAUAUAUUAUUUUAUAUAAGAUCAAUGUAUAAUCAUUAAGAGAGAUUGAAAUACUCAGAUCUCUUAAUUGUGAAUAAAUUGUGUUAUUUAAAGAAUUAGCUUAUUAAAAUAGAAAGACCUAUAUUAUAAUGGAAUUUAUGGAGGAAGAUUUACUUACAGCAAUGAGAAGAGAUAUCUUCACUGAGGUCUAAGCCAAGUAGAUUAUGUUUUAAGUUAUAAAAGGCUUAGCUUAUUUACAUGAUCAAGGUAUUAUUCAUAGAGACCUCAAACGUAUUAUUUAUUCAAGACUAUUUUUAGCUAAUAAUAUUUUACACAAAAAUUUAACUAUUAAAAUUUGUGAUUUGGGAAUGGCUCAAAAUUUAAAAAAAUUCAAACCUCAAACUACUAGAAUAUAAAAUCAUUAAUAUAGAGCCCCAGAAGUUUUCCUUGGUUUAUUAAAUCACUAAUAUUAGGUUAAAAAUAUUGUUCUAAAGUUGAUAUUUGGUCAGCAGGAGUUUUAUUUAUUGAACUUCUUUUUAGAAGUAAUCCCUUUAAAGGAUAAUCCGAAGCCAAUAGUUUUCAAUAAAUUUUAAAAUUUUGUGGAACUCCAACUGAAGGUAAUUAUAAUUCAAUCAAUUUUUAAUAGAAACUUGGUAAGGAGUUACUACAUUAAAGAAUUAUUCUAGAUUGAUAAGUAAUGAGAAUUUUCCCAAGAUCUUACAUACCUUACUUGAAAGGAAAAUGUCUCCACUCUUAGUCAAUCUUAUAGAAUAAAUGUUAACUCUUGAUCCUACUAAAAGGAUAUCUGCUCAAGCAGCUCUAUAACAUUUAUACUUCUAAGGUAUAAAUAUAGAUAGGUAUUUUUACUUAUUAAUAAUAUAAUUAGAAUUCACCUAUCUAAUUAAAUAGGGAAAAAAAAAAUUAAAAUUUAAACUGAAACAUAAGUAUUCAAUUAUCCAGAUGGAUAAAGAAUAAUUGUUAUUUCGAAAAAAUAAUGAAAAACAAUUAUUUAUGCUUUUGAAGAUGAUUGUUAAAUAUCGAGCCAGUAAAUCAAAUUAUCUGAAAUCAUUCAACCAUUUUAAUUCUCCU